CGAUUUGCCAACAAUCAAUCAGAAAAGGACAACGAGUUCUUCGACGCCGACGUUUCACGACUGUAAUAAUAUGGACUAAUCGCUAUUCAUUCUUGCCUGUAUAUUAUUGCUAUUAUGUCCUAACUGAUCCUUAAUUCUUCAAAAGAGCACUGCGAUAGGCGCUCGAUAUUCGCGAAACGAACUCAACGUCGACUUGGCCAUAUUGCGCGAAAUGUCUGCGGUGCACCCGAAUGCGUCGUGGCAUCCCGCCUUCAGGCCGGACUCGACGGCGACCGAGUCUAGAUCAGACUCGUAUAGCGCCAUAAACACGGUGGCCACGGAGGGGAAUCGCGAGAUAGAAGACGACACAUCCACGGUACCCCAGCCUGCCACUCCCAAUACCGCCACCCCGAAAGAGGAUGACGUUUCUCCUGCACACGAACAGCCCGGUGGGAAUGAAGAACACCCGGAAUUGGGCGGCCUUCGCGAGGCCCUGACAACCUCGUUAGGAAGCCCAGGUGGCGUUGAGAUGGAUAAUUAUCCAUCCCAUGCGCCGGAAACAAUAAGAGAGGAGGCGCAGGACCAAGCACAGAUAACCCACGACAGGGCGGAAAUACCAUCGUCAGGGCCGAGCAACGCCAACAAGCACAUGAGCAAUAUCUCGUUUACGCGGACUGUUGGAGAGGACGUAGACUGGGGAGAGGACGAUGAGGUAGACCCUGAAUGGAACAUCCAGAGCAAAGACGUCGAUCCGUUCCAGUCGAUGCCACCCACCGAUCGGACGAACUCCUUCCCGGCAGUGCCUCCGGCUCAUGUGGCAAAUGACACCGCCCCCAACGGCUACCAUAGCCAAGCGGGGGAUAUGAUGCUAGGAGAAGAGGACAACACAUAUAACGAGCCAUCGAAUGGCCAGCAGACGAAGAGAUCGCACCGGGCAAAACAGAGCAUUGAUUGGGGAACCAGUGGAGAGUAUGGCGACGACGAAUUCAAUCUCGGAAUGGUCCAAGGAGGAGAUAUUGGCGAAGACAGCAUGGAGGCCAGCCAAUACGAAGAAGGAGUUCACCUAGUGCAGAGUGCACACCUCAAUCCUCCGGUUAAAGGCCACAAAAAGAUGUUCAGCACCUCGAAGCUAUUCGAUGACGUUGAGGCCGAAGAUGAUGGGGGCUUCUUUUCGGCCAUCGGGUCCGACACAACAGAACAGCCGCCUAGGUUGGACCGAAAGUCGACGUCUGAAGUCUUGAAUUCGAUAUCCCACGACCUUCAUGCGGACACCAAUGGCAACAUUAUUGAUGAUGGGCAUGAAGCCAGACGCGCCAAAUCUAUAAGCGCGACGACUGGUGGGGGUAUAGCUACCUCAAAAAGCACUUUAAUAUCCGAUGUUCUCGCCAGUAUCGCUGACACUAAUGAAGAGGCACUUGGGGGAGAUAAUGCGGUCCAGGAGUCAAAACCGAGCGAAGAAAAUCUCGCCGCCAAGUGGCAAGCAGCCCUUGACGCCGACGAGUUUCUCGAGGAUGACGACGACCUCCUUCCAGACGAAGUACCGGAGCUGACGCCUGAGCUCGACCCCGAGGCCGUAUUCGGUAGCGACGAUGAAGGGUUCCUGGACGAUGACGAACCGGAGCUGGCCAAUGGGCCCGAUUCGCAAGGCCAAAUGCCGUCGUUCCCAAAACCAAUUACAGGUCCAAACGGGAAUGUCAUUGGGUUUGAUCAACUCAUAGGCAGUGCGCAGACAACUGGGCAGAGCACACAGAAUCGGUACCUACCGGCAGCUGCUGCACAAACAGCUCCGCAACAACCUAAAAAUAUGUAUGCGCCUGCUGCUCCUCUUUUCACAGACCUCUCUGGCCAAUUCAACCCUGCCGGCACAUACGGCACUGUCCAGCCCUCUGCUCAGGUCCCUCGGCCGGGUUCGUCAGGGUUCGGGGCCCAACCUCAGGCGACAAAUCGGCCAGAUCUAGGCCCAAAGGCUCAAAGUUUUGCGGAUAAAACAAAGGGCGGGUAUGCAUCACCUUAUGACCUCCCUAUGGAUGUUACAAAGCCGAGGAAGCGAGUUAGUAUGCAGCAAAUGAGCGCAGCUUAUGGCCAAGCUCCGGUCCCUGCCCCUCCGCUGCGGAGUAACAGUAUGCAUAUUCAAAAUCAACCACAAACAUCGCCCGGAUUUCCGUCGCCUCCAAUAGGCGGUAUGGGUCCGCCAACCCCAAACGCUGCUCCCCAAGGUUUCCCGUCUCCAACCAAGCAAGGCCCUCCAACCCUCAAGUCAAAGGGCAGCAGCUUCUUUGAGGAGUUACCGGUUGUUGCAAAGCAACGGGCACCACGUACUCCGUCACAGCCUACUUCUCCCUCUCUUGCUGGCCUACAGGCCCCUGGUGGCGUCUCCCCUCCACCAACAUCGAUGGGGCCCCCACAGAUACCGCCACCGAGGCAACAAUACGCAGAACCGCCUACAUCGGCACAUGGCCUCGUUACCUCGCCGCCGGUAAACCCGUACUCGCCAAUAGUAGCUCAGGAACCAAAGGCUGCCCCAGCCAUCUCGCGAUACUCGCCCGCUCCUGUUCAGCAGCAGUCUCCUGGGUACGCUCCAGCUCCAGUGCAAACCCAAUCUGCCUACUCGCCCGCUCCAGUGCAACAACCGACUACUGGAUAUUCGCCAGUCCCAGCUCAACAACCGUCUCAUGGGUACUCACCAGCUCCGGUUCAGCAACCAGCAACUGCAUACUCACCAGUUCCAGCACAACAGCCAUCUGCGGGGUACUCACCAGCUCCAGCCCAGCAACAGGCCACUGCAUACUCGCCAGCCCCCAUGCAACAGCAACCUGCUGUCCUACCACAAGGAAAAUAUGCUGCUACGCCUCCUCUUGUACGCCACGUCAUGUCUCCCUACGCCGCUGCACCCCUUGCUCCAAACCCACCGUUCGCGCAUCAGCCGCGAACAUCCAGCCCUCUUGCUCAGUUCGAGAGAUCAUCAGAGCAUCAAACAUCUACCUCACCACCCGCAAAUUUGGGCUAUGGGCGAACCGGGAGAAGAGAAAGCUCAUCAUAUAACGGUGGGCGUGAUUCACACUUAACUUUGGCCAGAGAGGCCACUGAGCAUGCUGCUAUCGAUCGAAGGAGAAGCCAGGACCAAGGUGGCUUCUCUCCACUGGAAUCUCAAGCGCCAUCUCAGCUGAGACCUAGCCCUACUGCUCUGCAAAGUCCAUAUGAGCCGGGAUUAAUAUCCCCGUCAAAACGAUCUCUAUCUCACGCUCCAGAUAACCGCGAGCCACUCGCCGAAGUGGAAGAACCUGCAUUUGAACCUCCCAAGAGGUCACAAACCCAAUCUCCCGGCUCCGCAGCAACUGGUCCGCGAACAAGGGUCACGUCUGGAGAAAUCCAUCCUCGCCCAUCGUCAUCGUCGGUACAGAGCCCUACAUCUCCUCCACGUCAAAACAGAGGAUAUGCGCCUAUAACUGCAGAAGCUGCGGCACCAACACAGAAGGUCCAUGGCCGGACUGUCUCGCAGGGUUUAGAAUAUAUUGCCCCAACCGACGGUCGUGAGCACGAUCCCUUGCAACGGUGGAAAGGCGCCCCUGUCUUCGCAUGGGGUUCUGGCGGCACUGUUAUAACCUCCUUCCCGAAGGAAGUGCCACGGUAUGGUAUGGGAAGCAACGUCCCCAUGAUCCAACCGAGCCCAGGAGAGGUCAAAGUACGGAGUAUCAAAGACAUAUACGCUCUCGAUGAGCGUACUUCCACCUUCCCUGGCCCGCUAAAGGGGAAAGCCAAGAAGAAGGAUGUAUUGACCUGGCUAUCAACAGGCAUUGAGUCAUUGGAGCAACAAAACGACCAUCUCCGGUCUUCCUCGAAUCUGUCGCACGAUGAUAUGAGAAAAGAGGAGCGAGUCGUGCUGUGGAAGAUCUUAAAGGCUUUUAUCGAGCAUAAUGGGGUUUUGGAAGGCAAUGCAGAGGUUGAGAAGGCCGUAAGGUCGAUUCUUUCCCCAGAACUUGACAAUGAAGGCGCAACCGAUGCACCCUUUGCCAUCGGAGCAGAUUUGGGUGGCAUACAUAGAUCUGCUGGCUCGGCACCUUUGGCAGACCCUGUUGACCCUGUUGCUGUGGACACUCUUAGGAAACAGCUCCUCAAGGGCGAGCGUGAGAAAGCUGUGUGGUCAGCUGUCGACAAUAGGCUAUGGGCACAUGCGUUGUUGUUGUCCAAUACAAUUUCGCCAGAUCUUUACAAGCGGGUUGCCCAGGAAUUUGUUCAGAAAGAAGUCAAGAAUAUCGGAGAGAACACCGAGUCCUUGGCUGCGCUUUACGAAAUAUUUGCUGGUAACCACGAAGAAUGUGUUGACGAGCUCGUCCCUCCUUCAGCCCGGGCUGGGUUUCAGAUGGUGAGUACAUCUGCCGCAACCGGUCCGUCAAAGAGCGCCGUGGAAGGCUUGAAUCACUGGCGAGAAACUCUUGGCUUGAUUCUAAGCAACAGGAGCGCGGAUGAUAGCAAAGCCAUUCAAUCUAUUGGCAAACUUCUUGCUGGCUAUGGUAGAUCGGAAGCUGCUCACAUAUGCUUCAUCUUUGCCCGUUCACGUUCCGUUUUUGGGGGGAUUGAUGAUGCACAGUCAGAUAUUGUCUUGGUUGGUGCCGAUCAUCAACGGAACCCUUACGGAUUCGACAAAGAUACGGAGGCCAUCCUUCUGAGUGAAAUCUACGAAUUCGGCCAAUCAUUAUCCAGCACAUCUAGUGUUCCGAUCUCGAUACCGCACCUUGCAGUUUACAAGAUGCAGCAUGCGAAGCUUCUCACAGCCUUCGGCCAGAAGAGUAAGGCAUUGGAGUAUUGCGAAUUCGUUGUAUCAUCGAUUACCUCUCAGACCAGGAGAUCUACAUAUCAUCAUCCCCUCUUAGUGUCGGAACUUGAUGACCUCAGCAAGCGCCUGAAGCAAUCGCCGAAAGACGAAACAUCAUCAUGGAUAGCGAAGCCAAGCAUUGAUAAGGUUUCCAGCAGCGUGUGGACGAAGUUCAACAAGUUCGUUGCUGGCGAUGAAAAAGACGAUGCUCCAGCUGGAGGCGAUGACAUUGGUGGCGAUGUUGGUCCGUUUGCCCGAAUCGCAGGAGGUACGCCGACAAUCAGUCGCACUCCAUCUGUUGCCGAUAUCUAUUCGCAAGGCAACAUCCCCAACACAAUCAGCGGUGCCAUACCUAUUCCAAUUGGUGGGAAGGCGGUCUCACGCUACGCUCCCGGAGGAUCAUACGGAUCCAACGCAGCAAUGGGCUCAUCGUUCGGCUCACCUGCUGGUAGCCCAUAUGCCGGCUUAAACAUCGGCCUGCCGAUACCGGCACCCAAUGGACAGCAAUAUCCAGUAUCGGAUUCUCGCGUCGUGUCUCCGGGGUCUUACGAUUCUCGUUACGCGCCAACAUCCCAUCCAGAGUACGCGCCAGCUCCGCAGCUGGCCCCUACAUCUCAUGCAGAUUACUCGCCCCAGUAUGAUGCUCCUUACGCUUCUAGCCCGAACGAAUAUCGCGCACCUGAGUAUAGCCAAGCUCAACCGCCCAAGGCCGAAGGCAGCCAUAAUGGAUACCACGCGCCUGAGACAUCGGGGGCCAUAGAUGCUUCGAGUAACUAUCCUCUAGCGCCCAUUACGCCUUCCUCGUUUGAGCCACCGGCAUAUAAUCCUUACGAGACCCAACCUUCAACAUCGUUUGAGGCUCCAGUCUCAGCAGGGUACUCGCCACCCGAACAGGGCGGCUAUACCCCCCCAUCUUAUGAGCCUAAUCAAAUGAAUGACGAGCCAAGUUCGCCGACUGAUACCGGAUCUAAGAAGAAGAGUUUUCUGGAUGAUGAAGACGAAACACCUCGAAAGCCCUCGGGAGGAGCUGGCGAAAUGACGAAGGCAGAAAAAGACCGCGCGGCGGAUGAGGCCUUCCGGAAGGCCGCCGAAGAAGAUGAAAAACGGUCUUCUUCUCAGCCACAAAAGAAGGGAUGGGGCCUCACUGGCUGGUUUUCGAAGAAAGAGGCGAGUCCCGCUGAGCCUCAGCAAGCGCAACCCGGCAAACCCAUCAAAGCAAAACUGGGUGAGGCAAGUUCGUUCUAUUACGAUCCGGAAUUGAAACGCUGGGUCAACAAGAAGGGUGGAAAAGAUGAGCAGGCAAAGGUUGGGAUCACUCCGCCGCCACCGAAAGCAGGGCCACCGAGAAGCGACUCCGGUUCUGCCCCACCCGGAAUGGGUGUUACGAGUGCACCGCGUUCCGCCUCGUCUUCUAGUUACGACGGUACGCCACCGCUUCGGACUGGGUCACCAGGGUCUUUCGCGCCACCAGGUACACAGAGCGAACCACCGGCGACUUCUGGAAGCCUAGAGCCGCCUGUAUUGCAGAGAAACUUCAGCAAUACCUCCACAAGGAGUGUUAGUGGUGGGAGCAACCCAUCGAGUCGGCCAAAUACCGGUAUGAGUAAUGCGAGCAGCAUUGACGAUUUGCUCGGCCCGCCCGUAGCCCGCAAGGCUGGGGAUAGGCCUAAGAAGGGGAAGAAGGGCAGAGGGUAUAUCGAUGUUAUGGGAGAUAAGGCAGCUGCUAGUGGAUAGUAGGCAAAAGAUGGGAGCGAGGGGAGACGGGGUAGUUAAUAUUAUUAAUGGCAUGCAUGUAAUUUAGAAGGAGUGAGUGGGAGGAACUUUAGAUGGCGUACGGACGUGCUCUUUUGGGAUUCUUUGGUAUAUAUUUCAACGCAGGACCGUGGGAAUGCCGGAAUCGUACUGUACUCGUUAUCACAUACAUUUGACUUUCUGUG